UUCAUUUGUAUUUUUUUUUUCAAAGUAUCGCGAGAUUCAGCGAGAUUACUGACAGCCAACAUGUCGGACGAGUGGGACGCAGAUGAUUUUGAGCCUCCGAGUUUCAACGCUAAAGGUGUUGUCUCUGACAAAUGGGAAGGGGAAGACGAAGACCAAGACGUCAAAGAUAACUGGGAAGACAGUGAGGAGGAGAAAGAGAGAAACAAAAGUGAAGGCACAGAAGGUUCAGCUUACCAGCGGCCUAAGAAGAAAUCACUUGCAGAUAGAAUAGCCGAGAAGGAAGCUAAACGUGUGCAGCAGUUGGAGGAGGAGAAGGCACGAAAUAGAGAACCAACUGCUGAAGAAAAACUGAAUGAAAAAAUCCGAUUAAGGAAGGUUCAAGAAGCAGCUGAUUUAAAAAAUGCGCAAGAAAUAUUUGGUGUCAAGAAUGCUAAAUCAAUAGAGUCCAUGUAUCCAGAAACAGAAGAAGAAUUUAAGCUGUUUAAAGAUGCAUUAAAAACAAAAAUUACAGAAUUUGAGGCCAGCAGAAUGUAUCCUGGUUUUAUAGAAAAUUUGUUCCAAGAAUUAGCAAUUGGGUUACAGCCAGAAGACUUGAAGAAAGUAGGAACGGCACUCACUGGUAUUUACCAUGAAAAAGAAAAACAACGGAAGGAAGCUGAAAGGAAGAAAAAGAAGAAGCAGAAAGCCAUAGUGAAAGUGGAGAGGAAAGGUGAUCUAGACUUGAUAGGAGGUGUUGGGGAGUAUGACUAUGACGACGGAGAAGAUUUUAUGUAGUGCUUGCUACAGAUAUUGUGGAUCUGUACAUAUGGACAAGGUGUUGCUGAAACGUACAAGCAUCGUGCCUCCUGGACAGUUGUCCCAGCCUCAUCGGUGUGCCAGACUUCCAAAGUAAUGAAACCUUAUGUCUUGUAUUCAAGAGCAGGGCUAGAAGUCAUCAGUACAGAUUCUGUUGCUUUUGUUCUCACUAUUUUCAUAUCUAAACAUACAUGCUCGCAUGCUUGUUCAUUGUCUUGGAAUCUUGGAAACAUGAGAAUAAGCCUACCACGUGGUAUGUCCACGGGAUUACAGGGGAUAAUUCUUUGAUAGCUGUGGCCAUUUGGACCUAAACUUUCUAUUGGACUGUAUCUUUUUACAGUAUAAAUUGGGCACCCUAUGUAGCAAUUCAAAAUUUAUUCCUCUUUCAGGGCUUGGUAAAAGUUCAUAAAUUUUUUCCAAACGACAUGAUCAGUAUCAUCUUUAGCAGUUAACAGUGAUCACAGGCCAGAUUUUGGUCUCGAGAAUUUUUCCCGUUUCAGAUCGUUAUUUGUUUUUUUCUCAACAGCAUUUGAUUGUUCAAAGAAUGUAUGAUCAUACCCUGUGUUCCUGUGAAGAUACUUUGACAUGCUUUAGUAUACAUUUAUAUGCAUGAGGGAUCGCAUUUCAAAUUUCAUAUUCACAUGAUUAAGACAUAUUUUAAUAAAACAAAAUACAAAAACUGAUUGCAUUUCAUGUGAGAUAUUUUGUUGUAAUAGGAAUUGUGUAAUCCACAUGACCAACACACAUUGUGGCGGACUGAGGUGGAACCUUGACCCAUGUACAUGUCAAUUUGAACAUAUGUAAAUUACCUUGUUACAAGAUUGGCUUACUGCCGCAAUGGGGAGGACACAAUCGGCGUGUGGAAGUGAUUUCUCUGUCAUUUAAAAAAUGUAUCUGCAUGAAAUUAAUGGAAACUUCUUUCUAUGGUCAAAUACAUACAGCAGGGUUUUUUCACCUUUUCUGGAAUUUGGGUUUAUCAGUGGUGUCAGCUUUUGAUUGUUCACAGAAGAAAAUGAAUGACAUUGUUCGUGCAAUGUUCUAUCAUGCUCUGUUGGCCCACCAGUCUCCACUGGCAUAAUACAUCAGAACACAUUUCUGGCUGCUUAAACACCUGCUUGAUUAUCCUUCUGUUGAGUGAAUUUUAACGUGGAUUUUGUCAACCAAUGUCAACUUAGUGCUAAAUUUUUAAUUACUCUCUGAUGAACAAUUAAAAUUGACCUUAUAAAUAUUUAUGAUGUAAAUAAAGUCUUUUGGUAGAAACUA